AUGGUAACGCUGCAGUGGAUUACCCGAUGGGGAACUCUUGAUAUCGGCGGUGGAUCUGGAACGGUACGACACACAAGCCUCGUUAGUCCACUUGAAGCCAUUCGAAACAAGGUCCGUUCUUUAGGUGGGCGCAUUCAAUGGCUCUUCGACAAUGACGAGAUUGCGGACGGAAGGUUUCGUUCGAUCUACCCGGUACCGCAGGUCUGCUUGAUUUUCCUCAAUGCUUUCGCAACAGAAGGUUCAGAUCGGCCUGAUCUGGACUUCCAUUGGAAUGCUACCCUUGCGGUGGAGAGUACAGCAAAGUUGUGUCCCAACACUGUCGUCGUCACACAUGGCCCUGGUGUUGUGUUGAUGCCUUGGGCUGAAAACGAGAACGUAACGGCUAUUCUGGCAGCACAUUGUCCAGGAGAGGAAAUCGAGAACUCUAUUACUGAUGUCCUCUGGGGCGACGUAGAACCAUCUGGUCGUCUUCCGUAUUCUAUCCCAAAGCCUGCAGCGGAUUACGGUCCACCCAUUGUGGAAUUGCCUCGCAAUGUCACUGAUCCAGAUGCAUGGCAGGCAGAUUACGUCGAAGGUCAAUUGAUUGACUAUCGUCGCUUCGACGCGAAUCACGACUUGGAGCCGCACUACGAGUUCGGAUUUGGACUUUCGUAUACCAGUUUUGUAAUGAGUCAUGAAUUGAAUGUCGAGCUUCGUGGUGUGCCUUUGACACCUGUCCCUGAUAAGUCGAAAGGAAUCGCACCGGGUGGACUCAGGGAUCUCUGGACCGUGGUCGCUGUGGCUACGGUGAACAUCACGAAUAACGGUGGCCGGGCUGGCUCUGCUGUACCACAGCUAUAUCUGUCCCUUCCUCAGGAAACAACUCCUGCAGGCACGCCCGUGAAAGUCUUGAGAGGUUUCGAAAAGGUGCAUCUCCUACCAGGUGAGACGCAAGCGGUGACGUUCAAUUUAAUGAGGCGAGACGUUAGUUUCUGGGAUGUCGACAGCAAGACUUGGACCAUUCCAGCCGGGUCGAUUCGUUUCACGGCAGGGUUCAGCGCAAAGGACUUGCACGCAGUACGUGACGUUGAAGUUUUGGUCUAG